UACUUCCGCAUUCCUUUUUACUAGUAAUAGUUCAUAAACUAAGAUUCCUACCGUAUAAAUACUGUGCGAACACCUCGGAAGCAGUAGUUAUACUUGGGAUCUCUUCACAAUACCAACCACAAUAUGAAUCCCUCAAUACUUCUACUGUUGAUCCCAACACUCCUGGCCAAGGGUCACCCAACGACGAUCCCGUCCAACCGGAUCGUCGGCGGUCAACUCGCGGACAUCUCGGAAGCCCCCUUCCUGGUGUCCGUCCUGUACUACGGCUACUACGAGUGCGCCGGAUCGUUGCUUUCCCCCCGUUGGCUCCUGACGGCGGCGGACUGCAUCUACCUGGGAGUCCGCUACACGGUCCGCGUCAACUCCAGCGCCGUCGACCAGGGCGGCGUACUCGCCGAAGUGCAGUCCGUCGUGGUUCAUCCGCGGUAUUCGCUGUACGACCGGGACUACAACUUUGCGCUGAUGGAGCUGGACCGGGAUGUGGAGGUGAAGUUUGCGGAGCUUCCCGGGGUUGAUGGAGUUCCGGAAGAUGGAGCUGCUUUGGACGCUUUCGGGUGGGGUGGAUCUUGGGAUUCUUGGAAUUACGAGCUUCGACGGGGUUCGCUUGCGGUUAUGAAUAGAGACGAAUGCCAGGAGCUUGUUUGGGACGAGUUUGUCGUUACCGAUAGGCUGAUCUGCGCUGGAAGUGACGACGGAGGGGAUAACUUGAGCUAUGGAGACGUGGGUGGUCCUCUGCUUGAGGGACAUACGCUGCUUGGAGUGGCUUCGUAUAGCUACGGUGACGGUUGGUACAUCUAUCCAGCUAUCUUCGGACGAGUCUCCUCCGUGCUAGGUUGGAUCAACUCUACCAUAACCGACGGAGUAAACUAAAUUGAGUUACGCAAAUAAAUACCAUCUGCUGGAAGAGAAAUGGAAAACGAGA